GUUUUACACUUACUAUAAUAUGUCAGUUCUUAAUUGAAAUGCAGUCUGACAAAGUAUCCUCAGCAUCCUCUAGGUCUAUUGCACCCAUUCCGGUUGCUGUUGAUACAUUUCCAGGUACCUCUGGAGAGGGAGCGGAAUUCCCCGCUGACUUUGAUGCUCCUGCUGAAAUUCAGGCUUUGAUUGAUAAGUCAAUGUUGAAAGCCAUGAAUGGCCCUGAUGUCUGCUAUGGGGGUAAUGUCUGA